AUGCUGGCACCAGAAGACGCGUUAGUGCAAAAACUACAAAAAGAGCCACAUUUGCUGGCAGCAGGCGAUGUGAAUCUUUUCCAGCUGGCACAGCGUGCCACAAAGUCGCUUUAUGACCGAGGUGUCAUCGACGAAAAAAAAUCCUUACCAUUUAUUUCAUCCUUAUUAGAUUCAUGCGUACCAAGCAAGAGAAGUAAUCAUAACAUGGGAAAGCGUAAACGUGGUCAACUUAAUGACUCUACUUACGAACACCAUCCAUUAAUUCCUCCGACUGAGCUUAAUGAACUUGUGCUUGAAGGGAUGGGAAACGAUCAGAUUUGGAGCCAGCUAGAAUUGCGGAGUGCUAAAAUUGCGCGAGUACUUGAUCACGUUAUUACGAGCACGGCAAAUCUUGAAGAAGAAGAUGACGAAGACGAGGAGAGCAGUAGCGAUGAUGAUUCCCUAGAGUAUGCACGCGAGAAUGAUGCAAAUGUCGAGUGGGAUGAAGAUGAGGACGAUGUGUCUGAUCAUGGAUUCGCAGGUGCCUCUGAUUUAAGUGACGUUGAUCCUAACGAAGUAUUUUAUGAACCUUUGCACACGGAAGAGAUGCAACUCAAGCGCAGGGAAGAAAAAGAACGGCAAGAAAUGAUGCAGAUUUAUGGGGUGUCUGAUCCUGCAUUAUAUGAAGCACUACUCCCAAAUAAGUCGAACGAUCAAGGGACGGAUGAUGACGAGGAAGAAGAGGAAGAGGAGGAAGACCAUGAUUCGCCUACAUCUUUCUCUAAGCCUAGGCACCCAACCUUAGAUGAUGACUUUUUCUCUAUUGACGAGUUUAAUCGUUUGACAGAAGCAGAGGAGCGCAAGAAUCUAACGUCUCGCGCGAAUUUGUCUGGUGACGAAGAUGAGAGUGACUCCGACAACAUCGACCUGUACGCUCCCAUUGAAGAACAAGAUGAGGGCGACGAUAACGACACACCAGUGGAGGAUAUCCAUUACACAGACUUUUUUGACCCGCCGCCUGUUUCUGCCGUGAAAAAGAGUAACAACAGUUCCCGUUCUUCUCAUGUGGAGAACAAACCUCCUGCCCCACCACGCAAGUCCCUCGUGCGCUUCCAUGACCAAGUGCGUGUCCGCCCGAUCAAGAAAUGCAAGCCUCAGUCUUCCGCUGGCCUCUUAACUGAUGGUACAGAAGAAGAGGAGGAAGAGGAGGAUGAAAAUAGCGAGAGCGAUGCGGAAGAUACGGAAAGUGGGGAGGAAGAGGAGGAUGAAAGUAGCGAGAGCGAUACGGAAGAUACGGGACGUGAGGAGGAAGAGGAAGAGGAUGAUGACCGUAUCGAUGACGAGGAAGAUGAAGAAAUGGAGGGUGAAGAUCGUGUAAAUGAAGAGUCCAUGGAAGAUGAGAGUAUGGACAAUGAAUCAGAUAAUGAAGCUCGCAUCGAUGAUACAGCUAAUCGAGUCGCUCAGGAUUUGUUCGAUGAUGAAUCGGAUAAGAACGAAACGUCUAUGUCGACACACGAACGUCGCGUGGCUGAACUGGCUAAAGAGAUUGCUCAAUAUGAAGAUGAAAAUGUGCAAAAGAAAGACUGGGUGUUGAUGGGAGAAGCCAGCACACGGGAACGACCUACCAACAGUUUGCUAGAGGAAGAUCUUGAAUUCGAACGAACUGCCAAGUCAGCGCCCGUUCAAACGCAAGAGCAUGGUGAAGGAAUCGAAAGUAUGAUUAAACGUCGUAUCCUCGAGAGACAAUUUGAUGACGUGAUUCGACAACGGGAUCUUGACGCCGUCCCAUUUUCAGCUUCGCGUGUUUUAGAGCUGUCGGACGCCAGGAGUUCCAAAAGCCUGGCCGAGCUGUAUGAGGAAGAGUACCAGGCUUCUCGGGGCGAAGAGGCAGGCGAAAGUGCUCCACGCUCGGAAGCUGAGACAAAGCUUGAUAAUGAACAUUCAGCUAUCGCUGCUGACAUGGAUGCCCUCUUCUCAAAGCUCGAUGCUUUGAGCAAUGCACAUUACACACCGAAAGCUCCUAAGGCAGCUAUUCAGACCUUGUCUAACACACCAGCGGUUGCUAUUGAAUCUGCCCUUCCUACGACCAUGUCGGCCGGUACUAUGCUUGCUCCAGAAGAGGUUUACGAAAGACCCUCACAUAGUGUGGCUCUGGAAGGUGCCAAGAGUGAAUUAUCGCAUGCUGAAAAACAGAAGCGACACCACCAACUUCGUCGUGAAAAGCGCCAGCGCAAUGAUCGUAUCAAGCGACAAGGCGCUCAAGAGUCUCGUUGGUAA